AUGGAACUAGGAUUUUUGGGCGGAGAUAUACAUUUUGACGAUAGUGAAGACUGGACAUUAGACAAUUCUUACAAUGGGGUUGAUUUCUACUCUGUGGCUAUUCAUGAAAUGGGCCACAGUUUAGGAUUGGGACAUUCGUCCGAACCUAAUUCCAUUAUGAAUCCCUAUUACACAGGUCCACAACCUCAAGAUAUUGGAUAUGACGAUAUAUUAGGAAUGCAUUCAUUGUAUAUUUCUAGAACUUUGCCCGAUGAUCUUGUGGAUCUUUUACCAAGUACUAUUAAACCACAGCCGAGUCCGAGGAUACCUCACAAACCACAUGUACAUUGGUCUUCAUUUAGCCAUGAAACAUGUACAGAUGAUAACAUAGUAACACUAGAGUCAGUGACUACUUAUAAGCCUGAAGUCUCAACUCGUAAAAAUUAUAAUAUAGAUGAAUGCAAAGGUAAUUUUGAUGCUAUUUCAUGUUUCCGUGGAGAAAUUUUCGUGUUUAAAAACAGCCUAUUAUGGAGGUUAAACAACCCUGGAUCCAUACAACAGCGUUAUCCGGUACAAUUAUUAAGGUUCUUUCAAGUAUUAGCAGAUUCCAGCGAGUCUAUUGUCAAAAUUGAUGCAGCUUACGAAAGGCCGGACUCUAAUAUUGUUUUGUUUCAUGGUAAUAGUUAUUAUGUAUUCAAUGGAAAUCAUUUGAUAGAAAAUAGUCCAAGACCUAUUAUGGAUUAUGGAUUUCCACACUUUGUUGAUAAAGUUGAUGCAGUUAUGAUGUAUGGUGUACCACCAAUUACUUAUCUUUUUAGUGGGGAAUACUUUUGGGUAUAUGAUGAUCAAAAUAAAUUGUUAUUACAAAAGCAUAGAUCAAUUAAAGAACAUUUCAAAGGUGUAAGAACUCCAAUAGACGAUGUUCUCACGUGGAAAUCUGGUAAAUAUUUUAAUAUAUUAUUUAUAUUUUUGUCCACUAAAUUCUUGAACUAUAUACUAUAG